GGCCGCACCCAUAUCGAUGGAAUGCAGCCCCCAAGGAAAUGCAUCAAAACUUGAUUGGCAUCGUCGAUGGUGAAGCGAUCAGCGGAUGAGAUCCUGUCGUCUAUCCGCAAGCGAAUCCUGACCGACUACUCGGAAGAGCGUCUUGAAACGCUGGGCCUGUGCCGUCCUGGCCAACUUGACGCCGUGUUGAAUCGAUACCUUGUGGCAAGAAAUCACGACGAGGAAGCCGCAUUGACGAUGCUUCGCAACAGCAUUGUGUGGCGUAUUGAAGUGGACAUGCCGAAACUUAUGUCAGGUCUCGCUCUACCUGCCGACAAGCUCGAGAUCAUCCGUCGCUACAACCCUCAAGGGUUCCACAAAACCGACAAAAUGGGCCAUCACGUUUACAUUGAGCGCACCGGGUACAUGGACGUACAGAAAAUUCUGCGCGUGUGCACGGAGGCCGACGUCGUCCGCGCGCACACGCAAAAAGUGGAGUACCACGUGCAUUCCCUCGCCGCGCAGGACUUGCCGAAGCUCGUGAUCAUCUACGAUUUGAGCGGCAUUGGCAUGCACACGUUUCGGUCCGAAGUGUUUGCCGUCGUCAAGACGAUCACGUCGUUGAACCAAGACCAUUACCCCGAGACUCUCUUCAAAGUGCUCAUUGUUCACGCCCCGUUCUUCUUCAACGCGAUCUAUCGAAUCAUCCAGGCAUUCCUACCGGCGGCUGUCCGCGACAAAGUCGAGUUUUGCGACCGCGGCCACCUCCUCGAUAUCGUCGACGCCGCGCACCUCCCGGCAUUUCUCGGCGGCACUUGCACAUGCGUUCCUGGUGAAACCCAUGGAGGGUGCAUUUCCUCGGACACGUUUACCCACACAACGUUUUUCAAGGAGCUGGAUGCCCAUGUCUCGAGUAAGUUGCACGCGUUGUCGACGUAACCCCAAACCAUCCCCUCGCUUGCCCUCCCGAAC